GUCACCAACCAAGAUGGCUGCUCCCAUGUACUAGCGGCGUGUGUUAGUUGUUGAUCCGAAGCCUGUUACUGUUGAAUAAAACAAAACGCUUAACGACACAUAUACCGUAACGCAUACAGUCCCCCGGCUUAUGUUUAAUGUGGAAUUAUUUAUCUUGUGAAAUAUGAAGACUAAAUCCUCCCACCACAAGUCUGAGAACACUUUUAAGUUUCUUACCUUCUCUGAAAGAUUGGCAAAUGUUAACAUCGACAUUAUCCAUCGUAUCGAUAGGACAGAGAGCUAUUCAGAGGAUGUUGAAACAUAUUUCUUUGAAGGAUUACAGAAAUGGAGAGAUCUGAACCUUACUCAGCAUUUUGUUACAUUCUACAGGGAAGUGUCCAGCAAAUGCCAAUCUUUCCACCUGUUGGUCCACCAUCAGAAUGCCAUCGUCCAGAGUUUGAAGACCCAUCUACGAGUGAAGAACAGCCUUGCUUACCAACCCCUACUUGAUCUAGUGGUGCAACUUGCUAGAGAUCUUCAGACAGAUUUCUACCCCCAUUUUCAAGAUUUUUUCUUGGUAAUUUCUUCAUUACUGAACACAAAGGACACAGAGCUAAUAGAAUGGGCCUUUACGUCUCUGUCGUACCUCUACAAAUACUUGUGGAGAAUGAUGGUGAAGGACAUGCCAGCUAUAUACAGUUUGUACAGCACCCUCCUGGCUCACCAUAAAGCACACAUCAGAAAUUUUGCUGCAGAGAGCUUUGCCUUUUUACUGAGAAAGGUUUCAGAUCUAGAUGGACUCUUUAGUUUCAUAUUUGUGGACCUUAACGAACAUCCCGAGAAAGUGGAAGGCUUGGGCCAGCUACUGUUUGAAAUGUGCAAAGGAGUGAGAAAUAUGUUUCAUUCAUCUGCCCCAAAGGCUUUUAGAGUAAUCCUGCAAAAACUGGGACCUAUCACCGAAACGGAGAAGGAACUGCCUUGGAACCUGGUGGGAGAAACCCUCAACAGCUUGGUCGAAACAGCAACAGCAUAUAUCCACACAGAGCAUUUUGAUCCACUAUUUAUCAGUUUAGAGGAAUCUUUUUUAGAACUUUCACAGAAAAUGGUAGAAUGUCAUGGAAGCGAAUGUUCUGAGCAAAUAGAAAGAUUACUGAUGGCAUAUUCUAUUCUUGUUGCACAUGGACAUGGUUCGAAGAUUCCGCACCCUGAACGUUCUUGUAAGACAUUGACAGAUUUGUUGCACAUUCCCAAUAUGUCAUUGUCAUGUUGUCACAGUCUUUUGGAGUCGAUUUCUACAUUGCUUCUUAAUGAGAACGUCACUUUGGCAGUUGCUGUGAUAAAUGAAACCGUAAAUAAGGUAUACAAAAGCGGGUUUUCAAGGUCUCAAAUUUUGGAGUUCUCUGAAAAAAUGUUCUCUAUGACGGAGUUUGAACAGCAUGUCUUGCCAAGUUUUUUACAAUACAUCCUGCCCUUCUUUACUGUAGAGGACCCUACAGCCAAAUGUGACAUCUUGCACAUCUUAACAAAACUCAUUUUGCAGAAAGCAGAACCUCCUACUGUCGCUUCAAUGGCAUUCGAAAAAUAUCCCCUUGUUUUUUCUGAAAAGACAAAAAUAGUAAAGUCAAAAAAUGUUGACAUUGAGAACUCUGCAGUGUUGGACUAUGUGCUAUCACUGAUUCAGCAGUUUGCAAACCAGAACAUCAAAGAUCUUUCCCUCUGCUGGUCCGCUUUAAUAGUUCUGCCUCAUUUAAGGCCAUUACAGAAGAACAAACUCAUGCCCCUCUUGUCACUCCUCUUAGAUAACUUAUUUACUUUAAUUGAUAAAGUAAACCAGCCUAAAGGAAUCCUCUUUGUAACGUGCCAAGCUAUGAGUACCCUGCUCGGUUUGGAAGACUCUGCUGACGUCCUUCAAACAGUCCCAUUGGAGCGUGUCAAGAACUUGUUGCUCUCCUUUCCAUGUGAUCCUUCUGUCCUACUUUUGGCGGAUCUUUACUUCACUAGAUUAGCCUUCUGUGGAUUCAAAGACCAGCUGUCUCAUGGUACCCUGAUGGAGAUAUUUUCUAAUCUACAAUAUAAUAUAUCAACCAACUUUUCAAAGGUGCGCCUGUUAACUAUCAGGAUUUUAAGCCACUUUGAAAACCAACCUUCAGCAAGUCUAGAGGAUUCCAGAACCGAAGAGAGCCAGUCACUGUUUGCUAUACUACUGCAAGCUGAACUUGUUGCAGCCUCUGUUCAUGAUUAUAGAGAAAAACUACUUCAACUCAGAAAACUCAGGCACGACUUAGUAGGAACUAAAGCCACAGGAGAUUUUCAAGAGGUACCGUUGAGAUAUUUGUUGGCAAUGCUCUAUAUUAAUUUCACUCCUCUUUGGGAUCCAGUACUUGAACUUAUUGUCUCCCAUGCCAAUGAAAUGGAAAACAAGUCUUUCUGGAAAGUAUUCUACGAACAUUUGGAAAAGUCUGCUGCCCACGCUGAGCGAGAAUUACAAGAUGAAUUGGAUGAGGAGGCAGCAUGCAGCAGCAAUGUUGAGUCUGACUGUUCUGUCGCUGAUAUUGGAAUCCUGUUUAAUGACACACUGGAAGAAAGAACAGAUACCAGUGACCGAACAGAUUACACCAACUACCGGUUUCUUCUCUGGAAGGCAAUGUCUCUGUUUCCAGACAGGGUGGAGCCAAGAUCAAGAGAAUUGUCCCCCCUCCUUCUAAGGUUUAUUAGCAAUGAAUAUUAUCCAGCUGAUUUACUGGUGGCUCCAUCUCAAGAUUUGCUAAAGAAAAAUAUAGAAAAAGGACAAACCAUUGUGGAAGAGGACAUCCAUAUGAAUGAAGAGGAAGGCAUGGAGGAGGAAGCUGAUGCUGAAUUAGAUGAUGACAAACCUAUAGGUUUUCACAAGAAAAAAACUCGUCGAGCUGCUUCAAAGCAACUCAUUGCUCACUUGAAAGUAUUUUCCAAGUUUUCUAAUCCGCGGGCGUUAUAUCUGGAACCCAAGCUCCAUGAGCUCUAUACACAGUUACUGUGUCACCAAGAUCAGAAUGUGCAGAAAGUUGCCUUGGAUUGUAUUCUAAGCUACAGGCAUCCCCAUCUGCUUCCCUACAAAGAGAACCUGCAAAAUUUACUGGAAGAUAAAAGCUUUAAAGAUGAAAUCGUCCAUUUUAGCGUCUCUGAAGAAAACUCCAUAGUGAAAGCCAUUCACAGACCUGAUCUCAUGCCUGUUCUCAUGAGACUUCUUUAUGGCCGUAUGAGGAGCAAAACAGGUAGCAAGACGCAGGGAAAGUCUGCUGCUGGAACCCGCAUGUCGAUUGUUUUAAGGUUCUUGGCUGGCUCCCAGCCGGAGGAGAUCCGAAUGUUUCUUGAUCUUCUGUACGAGCCGGUGAAACAUCUCAAAGAAGGACCAUGCCUUGCUUCAGUGAUGCAGUCUAUCGAAAGCUUGGAUCUGUCAAAGGUGCUUCCGCUUGGACGUCAGCACGGUUUAUUCAAUAGCUUUGAAGUUGUACUAAAAAAUCUCGGUCACCUAAUUAGCCCAUACUUACCAGAAAUCCUUCGGAUCAUUCUGUGCCUGACUGCACCUGUGUCUUAUGCUCUCCAGCAGAGGGAAAAGAUUCAUCCCAAAUGUCUGAACCCCCUGAAGAAUUUACGACGUCUAGGAAUCAAGCGUAUUCUGGAAUUCUUUACGGACUUUGAGACCUAUCCCUUCUCUGCUGAAGAACUUGAUGCUGUGUUUCAAGCAGUGAUAUGGCCCCAGAUUAAUAGACUUGCUGCUGAGAGUCAGUACUCUCCCUCCCUCGUGCUGAAGCUUGUUCAUGUUUGGAGCAAGGAUGCCAGAUACUUUCCAUUGGUUGCCAAGCAAAAACCGGAACAGCCUACAUAUGAUAUACUUCUUAAUGUGUUUGCCCUACUCUCAGCAAAAAGUGUAUCGGAAGCCACUGCAAGUGUUGUGAUUGACAUAGCGGACAAUCUCCUAAACAGUCCAGACUUUGAGCCAACAGAAAGUCUGUGCAGCUUAGUGGUAAAUGACUGUUUGAUUCCAGAUGCUACUGUAAUGAACGCAGAGGCUCCAACCAUUGGUAUACGGUUGAUCCUGCCGCAUGUCCCUGCCAUUCUUCAGUAUUUGAACAAGAGUAUGCUGAAUGCUGAGAAAAUGAGGAAAAAGAAAUAUAGCAUGCAAGUUAGCAAAGAACUAAGGAUCCUCUCAAAGAUCAGCAAGUUCAUCCAGGACAGAGACCAGAGUAAUCUACUCAUCAGCCUUCUAAUUUCUUACUUACAUAAGAGGAACACAGCUCAGGACACCGAGGUUGAUAUUUUGGAAACCCUGCAGAAUUUGUUAAGGCACUGUACAAAUCCUAUGAGUUUCCUGAAACCAUUGGCCAAGCUGUUUGCUGUGAUUCAGAACAAAUUGUCUCGUCAGAUCCUCUGCACAACUUUCCAGGUUUUAUCUGAACUUAAUCCUGAAUUAGUAUAUGUCACAGAUGUUGUUGCAAAGUUGAAUGCUUAUGACAAAAGGCAUUUGGAUGAAAUCCACUUUGAUGUUCGCCUAACAGCUUUCCAGAAUGCGACUUCCAAAGUCAAGGAGAUGAAAUCACUUGAUGUUAACUACAUCCUUCCAAUUGUGUACAACUGUGUUUACACCAUACAGCUCGGGGAGAUGACUCUCAGUGACAAUUGCAUCCUUUUCCUUCAAAGUGUUAUUACGCAAAUUGCAAACAUGGAACACACGGAGAAGGAAUAUCGAGAGAUCGUACAGUGCAUCCUGCUGGUCAACUUGAGAACACAUCUCAAAAGCAAAGAGGAGAGUGUUCAGCAAGACUACACCACCCUGCUUUCCAGGCUGAUUCGAGCUUUCCCAAAACAUCCAGAUUUUGCAGAUUUAGUCCAGCUUACAGACUACAACGAUCCAGAAAUGGACUUCUUUGAAAACAUGAAGCAUAUUCAGAUUCACAGGAGAGCGCGUUCAUUGAGAAAACUUGCAAAACAUCUUGUGGAAGGGAAAGUGGUAUUGUCCUCCCACUCUCUCCAGAGCUUCAUUAUGCCGUAUGCCAUCAGCACUCUGUUUGAUGAAAAAAUGCUCAAGCAUGAACAUAUGGUGAAUGCUUCUGUGGAGAUGGUGGGAUCUGUAUGUAAACAUCUCGCGUGGUCUGCAUACAUGUAUCAAUUGAAGCAUUUCAUUCACGUUCUUCAAACUGGUCAGAUCAACCAAAAAAUGGGAGUGAGCUUGCUAUUGACUGUGCUUGACGCGUUUCACUUUGACCACGCAACUCUAGAAAAACAGCUGCAAGCUGCGGAGAAUACUGAAAGUGGAAUGGAAACCGACCACAUGGAGGAUGAGGAUGAAACCAUGGAGAUGGAUGAUGAGCCCAAGGAUGAUCUAGAGAUGGACCCUAUGAAUAGUGAUCAAGCCAAUGUCCCUACUAAUGAGUCUCCUGCAGAACAACCAGAAGUCAAAAAAGGGAACAGAGCGUAUAACUCUGUACCGAAAACCAAGGAAGAGCUGGUUUCUCUGAUCAAACAUAUUCAGGAAACGGUCUCUCAUAACCUAUUACCAAAGCUACAGAAGUGCCUUGAUGCAAAGAUUAAGCGGGACGAGGAGCAUAAAAUGGUGAAGUCCAAAUUUGUUAAUGAAGAGGAGGUAGUGCGGGUUCCAAUAGCAUUUGCCAUGGUGAAGUUAAUGCAGACACUGCCACAAGAGGUCAUGGAAGCCAAUUUACCCAGUGUCUUGUUGAAGAUCUGUGUUCUUUUGAGGAACAGAGCACAGGAAAUUCGUGAUAUUGCUCGAAACACGUUAAUUAAGAUUAUCGAGACUCUCGGAGCUCGAUACUUGCAUUAUGUACUGAAAGAGAUGCAAGCUGUGCUUGUCAAGGGAUAUCAGGUCCACGUGUUAUCGUUCACUGUUAAUCUUCUACUGAAAUGCCUCCUUGGCAGCCUCAAAAGUGGAGAUUUGGACGGCUGCUUGGAAACUCUCGUUCAGAUUUUUAACCACGAGCUCUUUGGAAAUGUUGCAGAGGAAAAAGAAGUGAAAGGAAUUGUCUCAAAACUCAUGGAGGCACGGAGUAGCAAGAGUUACGAUUCCUAUGAACUUGUCGCUCAGUUUGUGGGGAAAGACCAUGUCGUGAAAAUGAUUGUGCCCCUGAAAGAGAUUUUAGAGCACACAACCAGUUUAAAGUUUGCCCGAAAGGUGCACGAAACCUUCCGAAGGAUCGUUUUUGGUUUGGUCGCCAAUAAAGACAUGUCGGCAGAGUCUAUCCUAUUACUCAGCUAUGGCCUUAUCAGUGAAAAUCUCCCACUUCUGACUGACAAAGACAAGAAUAAGCAGUCGGAGACACUCCCUGCCGACCCACGUCUUCAGCCACAGAGCUGUUUAUUAAUUCAGCGCCCCCCACCUCGAGGAGGCAACAAAGCAGCUGUUAGUAGCCGGACUAACAUGCAUAUCCUGAUAGAAUCUGGACUUCGGCUGCUGCACAUGAGCUUGAAGAAGUCUAGAGUAAAUUCAUCGGAGGAACGUGCCUUGGAAAUGCUGGAUCCAUUUGUACAGUUACUUAUUGGUUGCUUUCAGUCCAGGGAUGUGAAGGUCAUAACUGGAGCCUUGCAAUCUCUGAUUUAUAUGCUGAAGUUUCCUUUGCCCUCUAUCGAAACGAAUACUGAGCAGCUGCUUAAAGAGCUCUUUGUUUUGCUGAAAGACUAUGCAAAAGCCGGAGCAGCGAAGGGCCAGAACUUCCACUUGGUUGUGAACUGUUUUAAGUCGGUUACCGUGCUGGUGAGACACAUGAAAGGAAAAAUUACCGAGAAGCAGCUCCAGGUGCUGUUGGGAUAUGCAGAAGAAGAUCUUUAUGACUCAACACGGCAAGCUACGGCCUUUGGUUUGUUAAAGGCUAUUGUAUCAAGAAAACUGAUUGUUCCGGAGAUGGAUGACGUGAUGACAAAAGUCGCAAAGCUAGCAGUCACCUCACAGAGUGAUCCAGUCCAAGUCCAGUGUCGUCAGAUAUACUUGAAGUAUCUUCUUGAUUAUCCUCUCGGUGAAAAACUAAAACAGAAUUUGGACUUUAUAAUUGCCCAGUUCAAUUAUGAGUAUGAAACUGGAAGAAUAUCUGCAUUGGAGAUGGUUGCUUACCUUUUCCAGAUGUUUCCGCAGGGAAUCCUCGACACACACUGUGGCCUCAUCUUUGUCCCGCUUGUGUUGAUGACCAUAAAUGAUGAUUCUCCAAAGUGUAAGAAAAUGGCAGCCCUCGCGGUUAAAACACUUCUGAGCAAAGUGAAAGUACAGACUAAGAACCUGAUGUUCUCGAUGGUCAACCAAUGGCUACACAGUGAAAAGUCCAUACAGAAGAGACUAGGUGCCCAGACGUGUGGUUUAUUUGUUGAAGUUGAAGGUGUGGAAUUCGAGACCCGACUGGAACUUCUCCUUCCACUGAUCGAAAAGGAAAUUGAUCCUUCGCUCUUUGAAGAUUUCCGUGAAGAGUCAGACGAAAAGUCAGCAGACAGAUUACUGUUUAGUUUUCUCACUCUGAUUACCAAGCUUAUCAAGGAGUGCAACAUCACACAACUGACGAAGUAUAGAGAUAUUGUGAAUAAUAUAUGUGCCCAUGUACAAUCCCAUUUAUAUUAUCCGCACAGCUGGGUCUGGCUCACCUCUUCCCAGAUUUUUGGACUGUUGUUUGCCCUUCAAAAACCAGAUGACCUUGUCAGUAAGUGGAUGGCCAAACAGACAGGCACAAAGAAGACUCCAAUAGAAUGUCCUGUACCAUACUUAAAUGACAGCCUGGAUAAAAAGAUAAAAGACCUUGCUCUGGCGUUCUGCCAUCAACUGCAGUCAAAAUUUCUAGACCAAUCCCUUGGUGAACAGGUCAUCAAGAAUUUAUUGUUUGUGGCCAAAGUUAUAUACCUCCUUCAAAGUGAUGUGGUACAGACACAAACUAACCUGGAUGAUGAGGGUCCUGAAACUGCAGAAAUAGAUGCUUCAGGAGAUGAGGAGGAAACUGCAAAGGAACAAGUAGAGGAGAAGGAGGCCACUUUGCUAUGGCUCGUAAAAAAACUAUCAAUCGUGGCAAAGAGGGAAGCUGCUCACACUCCUAAAAAUCCCCUGAAGAGAACGUGUAUUUUCAAAUUCCUCGGAGCACUAGCAGUGGAUCUUGGAAAAGAAAGAGUCGAACUGUUUCUCCCAACAAUAAUAACUCCACUUUUCAGGGAGUUGAGCAGCAGCUAUUCGGAACAAGAUUCAACCCUCAAAAAUCUCGCUCAAGAGAUCAUAGAUCUUCUGAAGAACUUAGUGGGCCUGGAACAAUUCUCUCUACUGUUUUCAGCGGUGCAGAAACAGGCCAAUCAGAAGAGAGCCAUGAGGAAAAAACAAAAGGCUUUGCAGGCUGUUGCGAAUCCUGACAUAGCUGCUAAGAAGAAACUCAAGAAACACAAAAACAAGAUAGAAGCUAAAAAGAGAAAAAUUGAAUUCCUGCGACCAGGCUACAAAGCCAAAAAAGCACGUGGUCACGCUCUUAAAGAUUUAGCAAUGGUGGAAUAAAAGAACUAUUACAUCUAUACAAUUCUUUAAUGGAAAUGUAGGGAAUAUUAUUGUAAAUAGACUAUUUGAUAAAAGUGCAGUUAUAUCUUUCAGGAACAGUGUGUAUGAAGUGCCUUGAAAAUAAGUGUACAGUUUAAUGUACCUAACUGCCAUUUUAUAAUUAAAUAUCAAAACUUA